AAACAGUCAUCACGAGAAAAGGAUAGUCGUAGAGAAGAAAUAGAAAUUCGGAAACGAUUUUCCACUGUAGUAAAUAAAAUUUUAGUAUUUGAAGUCAUCUUCUCAGAAAUUCAAAUUAAAGCAAGUUACAAAAAUAUUUUCAAUUUAUUUUACUCUGAUUAAAUUUGAAUGUUUUCGAAUGAAUUAUGUUUAUUUGAAAAAUAAAAUGUAAUUCAUCGACUAUUCUUUGUUUCAUCUUAACGUAAUUUACAUAAUAUUAAGUAAAUAUAUAUUGAGUUUUUCUGUAAGCACCUAAUGUAAAACUUCAAAUUGCAUUUUUUCAAAGAAUAAUUUGAUUAUAAAGUGGCUGCAAGAAAUGCAUGUGGGUGAAGACAAAUUAAAAAUGUUUUAAGACAGUUUCCAUUUCAGGACAAGACUAUCAUGGCUAAGAAAUUGGAGAGCCAAACAUCUUUAACUUCUUUUGCACCAUUAAGUCCCGAAUCAAAAUCACAAUCAUUUUCCAUACGUAAUAUAUUUUUCAGGAGCAAAGAAAAAUCUACAACCUUUGAAAAGAAAACUCAGGAUAAAUCUGCUGAAGGGUCUCCUGAAACUUCUCCCACUUCUGAACCUUAUUAUAUUACUGAUGAAUCCAAUUUUUCAAAUAAAUCUCCUGAAAUAUCUGCUGAGGAAAAUCGUGGCAUGGCAGGUAUUUUAGGGAAAAUAGUGGACAAUAUUAUUGACAAGAAGAAAAAGGGUCUUCAAAGUUAUAAAGACAGCGAUUUUAAACAACAUUGGAUGCGUGACAGCAACUGUAAAGAAUGCUACGACUGUGGCGAAAAGUUCACAACUUUCAGAAGAAGGCAUCACUGUCGUGUUUGCGGCCAAAUCUUUUGUUGGCGCUGCUGUAGUCAAGAAAUUGCUGGUGAUCUAAUUGGUUAUACUGAAGAUCUCCGUGUGUGUUCCUACUGCUGCAAGAUGGUUCUUUCAUGUGUGCGGUCUUUAGAUACCAAUAUGUGUGCUUAUGAAGAGGGACAAGCUUUUCAAGAAAGUCAGCCGAAGAAGAUUAGAUUUGAAUCCCAACCAGAAACUGCCCCAAGUCCAAAACAAAGUAUCAUUUCUCCUGCUAGAAGGAAAAGCUCUGUUAUUGGAUUUCGGGAGGAAGACAUUGCGAGAGCAAAAUCUUUUCGAACUGCUAUAACAAAUAUGCCCAUUAGAGAACGUCCUCAAAAAAUUGAAGGUCCUAUUCAGGAUAGAACACAUUUGAAAGAAAUCAUGCAAGAUUUACUUAAUACUGUUCAAAGUGUGUCUUUAUGGAAACAAGAAUAUAAAGAUCACCAUACAAAAGUUGUCCUUGGGUGUGACAUUGUCGACUGGCUUGUUGAUCAUAAUGUCAGUUUAUCACGAACAGAUGCUGUGAGUAUGGGACAGGCUUUUAUAAAUGCUGGAUUAUUAGAAUGCAUAAUGCCACAAAAUAUGAAUUUCAUGGAUGAGAAAGUUCUUUACAAACCUUUAGAAAUACCUCCUUUUGAGACUGCUUGUCGCACUGAACAUACUAAUGAGAUUCAAGAAAGUUUAGAGCCAUUGUGGGUGAAAGAGAUUCAAACUACUGAUUCUUUUGCUUUCAAAGAUAACUCCAAGGAGAGCUCUAUAACACCUGUAUCUCCUAAUACCCCAAGAAUCACUGGGAGUUACUCAAGAUUAUCAUCUUCGAGUUCUACAUUCUAUCUUGAUUUAGAUGUAAAAGAAUCAAAAGUUAGUAUAUUCAAGUCACAAAAUGAAUCUGAUAAAAGCCCCAUAUUAAAACAAGAUGCUGAAAUUUCUGGAUCAGACUGUAAAGAAGAAGAAAAUGUGUUCUACAAUUCAAAGGUGUUAGAAAAGUACAUGCAUGAUCAGUUUGAUGAUGACUAUAAAACUGCUUUUGCUGAAGAAGACUUAGAUACUUCAAUUACUAAAUCAGCUAUUUCUUCAAAAAACUGGCAGUGUGCCCAGCUUAAGGAUGAUAAUAUGGAAAAAAUUACCUUCGAAAAAUUGAAUGAAACAUACAUAAAACACGAACAAACUCUUUUGAAUCAGCUUCUCAGCAAUGAAUCUCUUUCAUUAUGUUGGUCUGAUGUAGUUCUACCCAUAAUUCAUAGAGUUGUUAACUCAGUUCAUCCAGAUGUCAAAAAUGAUGCCGAUGACAUGGAUAUUAGACAAUAUGUGCAAUUUAAAAAAAUUCCUGGAGGAAACAAGUCAGAAAGUACUAUUAUUAGUGGUAUUGUUUUCUCUAAGACAGUUGCUCAUAAAAAGAUGAGACAAAGAAUUGACAAGCCAACUGUUUUACUUCUGAGCUCCUCUAUAUCUUAUCAAAGGGUUGAAAAUAAACUAUCAUCUUUAGAUCCUAUUCUGAUGCAGGAAAAUGAAUACUUAAAAAAUAUUAUUGGAAAAUUGACUGUUUUCAAACCUGAUAUAUUAUUAGCUGAAAAAACAGUAUCUCGCUUAGCUCAAGAAAUGCUAUUGGGGCUUGGUGUUACUGUUGCAUUAAAUGUCAAGCCAUCUGUUAUGGAAAGAGUUGCAAGAGGCACCCAAGCUGCAAUUGUAUCAACAGUGGAUGCUCACCUUGGCAGACCGCAACUUGGAACAUGUGAACAAUUUAAAGUGAAGACAUACUCACUCUCUGGAGCUAAGUUCAAAACCUUGAUGUUUUUUGAUGGGUGUCCAGAAAACUUGGGAUGUACUAUAUUAUUGCGAGGUGGAUCUGCAAAUGAGCUGAGAAAAGUUAAACAAGUGGUCCAGUUCAUGAUUUAUGUUGCUUACAACUGGCAACUGGAGCGCUCAUUUUUGAUGGAUGAAUUUGCUUUUGUUCCUUCUUUAAUACAAGAGCAGAUAGAUACACCUGAGGAUGAACCAAUAAGCGCAGAGGAAAUAAAUACAGAAAAUGUUAUUUCUUCCAAGGAUGUUUUAGAGAAUGGCAAUGUUACUCUAAACCAGAAGCAGCUUAAUAGAAGGAGUAAAUUUGAUGAAUUGGGUAAAAAACUAGAAACUGAAUCGAUAAGCGACUUUAGUGAUCCCCUUCAUUCUUACCUGCACUCAGAAAGUGACACAUUUCAGCCUGAACCUGUGGAUGACUUGAAAGUAAAUGUUCUACCCACUACAAACACAUUCAGCAAACUUUUGGAUGAUGUGAUUUUAUGCAUAUCUCUGAAUGUCAAAUUGAGCGUUCCGUUUCUGGAAGGCGAAACCGGUAAAAAGUGUGGGCUAAGGAAAUUUUUCCCUCAAGAGAUUUACUGGUCUCGGCAUUUCGCGAAAGACAGUGAUAUGAGUAUACUGCACCAAAUUGAUACCCCAGCGUCUGAUUUAGAGGAAGAAAUUUCUGGAAUAAAAAGCAUUAUAAAUAGUAAAAAUGUGGAAUUAUUAUCUAGUCAUAAAUUUAUAGGUGUUAAAAUAACUGAUAUGUUAAGUGCAUCUCUUGAUAUACAAGCACUUUUAGCGGAUUUUCGAGCUAGAGGUGGAAUGAUCAAGUUUUUAUGUCCUCAUGAACGCUUGGCAAAAGAAAAGGAAAAGAAGGCGACAAAUUCUCAUCAGAAUACUGCACGUGAACAUUCCAAAUCUUUAGAAACUAAUAAUAGUGGUCUGUGCUGGGAAAAAAAGGUUGAUGCUUUGGAUCCUUGUAACCAUCAAACAAUAUCUGUUCUUUUCUCAAGUUAUUCAUGCAGCUCAGAUAAUGCGCCUAAUUACUGUGUCAAUCCCUGGGUUGUGAAAAUGGAAUUUUAUGGAGCAAAUGAUAUUACACUUGGUGGAUUUCUUGAUCGAUAUUGUUUCAGGUCAUCCUAUAUCUGCCCCAGCCCAACUUGUGUUACACCAAUGACAGAGCAUGUACGCAAAUUUGUGCAUGGCUCAGGCUGUGUUCAUAUCCUAUUACAUGCCUUAGAUGCUGGGGUUCAUUCAAUGUCCACUGAAAAUAACAUUUUUAUGUGGAGCUGGUGCCAAAUCUGCAAAACAGCAACACCAGUUGUAUCUAUGUCCCAAGAUACAUGGUCAUUCUCUUUUGCUAAAUACUUAGAACUGAAGUUUUAUGCAGAAGAUUAUCAAAGAAGAGGGUUGAGUGAAUCUUGUUCUCAUUCUUUGCAACAUGAUCAUUAUCAGUAUUUUGCCCAAAAUCAAUUGGUUGCCAUAUUUAAGUACACCCCCGUUCUUAUUUGGGAGAUUAUUUUUCCAGCUUUUGUAAUUAAUGUAAACGACAAAGCUAUUCCAUUGAAUCACCUUGUAGAACAACUGAAAAUAAUAUCUAUUAAGGGACAUGGUAUUAACAGUGAUCUUCACACUCUUUUGCAUGCACUGCUGACUGAGUAUAAUGACACUACUUCUGAAGAUUUUGUAGAUGAUUUGAUAAACAUUCUAAAGCUAGAAUCUCUUCCCUUUCGAGAAAAAAUUGAAGAUAUCCAAUUGCGUCUUACUUCACCCACUAUUGAAAGUAUGCAGUUGAAAUCUAAUGAAGACAUUGAAUCUCGAAAAGAAGUAUGCCAAUGGAUGUGGAAUAUUGAAGAUCAACUUAUAUUAUUAAAAUGUCAUAUCGCAAAUGUAGUACAAACAUGGAACAACAGGAUACAAGAAUUCAUAUCUGCAAGGAAAAAAGAACAAAAAUUGCAAGCAAAGCUUACUCAACAGUCUAGUAAAAUUUCUGAAGAUGGAUCAGUUAUUAAAAGCUCUGACUAUUCUGCUGAUGAAGAUGUUUUUAACUCUACAGUGCUAAGUGUAAAUAGUGGCCGAGAGACGGAUUUGGGAAAGAUAAAUAGUGUUUUAGCAUCAUUUUCAAAAUUUGAAUCAGAAAAGACUAAAAAAUAUGCGGAGAUGUUUGGAAAAGGUGUAUUAAAAAAACUAUCUUCCAGCUCUCGUUCAUAUUCCUGGGUUGAUUUAACAGAGUAUGAAAUGCAAACAGUUAAUAUGUCAAAGCUAAAGAAAGAUCGAGCUGACAGUGAACCUGAUUUGCUUGUUUUUCAUUGUAAACGUUUUAACAAUACGCUUUUUGAAAGAGAAAGGAAACUCUCAAGUUAUGACACAAGUUUUGUUUAUCAUGGGACUCCUGGCAUAUCAGCUGGAUUGAAUGCUUCUUUAGAGGAUUAUGAUACUUAUGUGGUUUUAAAAGAAAAAUUUGAAGAGGAAUCGCCUUUACCUGUAACACCUAGGCAUCAUGUUCGAUCUAAAUCAGAUGUUGACAGCACAACUCCACAGAGCAAUCAAAGCUUGAAGUUUACUCCAGAAAAACAAAUUUCUGUUGAUGGAGCUAAACCUGAAAAACGAGAAAGAAGUGUUAAAACUAUGUUAUCUCAGUUUUUGAAUAGUUCUUCAUUCACUCCGAUUGAAAGCCCUUUCUCUCCAUUGGAACAUUUGCUGUUACCUACGCCUAAGUUACCUAUUGUUGUCCAUGAAGAAGAGCCUAGUUCUGUAAUCGCUUAUGCCUUAGCAACUGAUGAUUAUGAUCAAAAACUUCAAGAAUUGAAACUCAAUUUAAAUACUUUGAAUGUAUCACAAAAAGAUAGCUUGACAUCUAGUCCUUUAUUAAAACAUAGACAAAUUUCAAAGAUGCAAAGUGAUGUUUCUCUGAAAUCUGAGGGUGGUCAGCUUAGCAGCGAGGACACCUUUGAUUUCUCUCUGGAUUCAACUGACAAAACACACUUGAAAACUGCCGGUAAAACAUCAACUUUGCACCUUGAGAUCCAAUUUUCUGAUAAUACAACUAAGUUUUACUGCAGGGUUUAUUAUGCUGAACAAUUUAGGAAACUCAGAAGCCUGAUCUUUACUGAAGGUGAAGAGCGUUUUAUACGUUCAUUAUCUCAUUGUGUGCAGUGGAUUGCUAGAGGUGGAAAAUCAGGAUCAAUGUUUUGCAAAACUCAUGAUGAUCGUUUUAUUCUGAAACAAAUGCCCAGAUUAGAAUUGCAAUCAUUUAUGGACUUGGCGCCAUCUUAUUUCCAGUACUUAAAUAAAGCCUAUUUAGAGCAGAAACCUACUUUGCUGGCUAAAAUUGUUGGAAUCUAUAGGAUAGGUUUCAAAAAUACUACAACCAAUUCAGCCACAAAAAUGGAUCUUCUAGUUAUGGAAAAUUUGUUUUAUCAGCGAACCAUUACAAAGAAAUAUGACUUGAAAGGAAGCAUCCGCAACAGGCUAGUCAAUACAAGUGGUGUAGAAGAGGAUGUUGUCCUUUUAGAUGAAAAUCUUUUAAAAAUAAACUGUGAUAACCCCUUUUAUAUCAGACCUCAUUCCAAAACAAUCCUGACAUUGGCUAUCAGUAAUGACACGCAAUUUCUUUUGGAACAAUCAGUGAUGGAUUACUCAUUGUUGGUUGGUUUAGAUGAAGAAAGAGGACAACUCAUUGUUGGAAUUAUAGAUUAUAUUCGAACUUUUACCUGGGACAAAAAAGUAGAGAUGCUGAUUAAAUCUUCAGGAAUUCUGGGAGGACAUGGAAAAAUGCCUACAGUUGUAUCUCCUGAGCUUUAUAAAAUUCGAUUCUGUGAAGCCAUGGACAGUUAUUUCCUAUGGGUUCCAGACCGCUGGACUGGCUUAGGAAAAGGUGUUGAUGGAUAAAAAUAUAUAUUUAUUCUACAAAUUAUUAGUGAUAUUUUAACAUUCUCCUGUAUAUAGACAUCAAAUUUUAUAAUUAUUGAUAUUUAAAAUAAAUUAUUUAUAUAUUUUUAAAACCAAAGCUAAA